CUGCAUUUACACGGGAUACCAGGGAAAGACAUUACAGAAAUUUAAAGAUGGCGGCGUCCACAGAAGGAGGUUUGCCGACUUCGGCACUGUUUGUAAUCAACCUUUUAUGCGUUGUUCCUUGUGUGGUGCUCAAGGUUCCACAAUUGUGGUCACUCUACGCGUCAAAGUCUGCAAGGGGAGUUAGUCUGCCGAGUGUGAUACUUGAAUUAAUUAGUUACACCAUUUUUGCUGUGUACAUGUUUGUGCACUCUCUGCCCCUCAUGCAGUAUGCUGAGUACUUGUUCCUGAUUGUGCAAGUGUGGGUUGUUAUUCUGAUGAUGCUGCAUUACAUGGACCAAGUUCAUUUCAGCCUUCUUCCUUACAGUGCUUUAUAUUUUAUCGCCGUUUGGAUCGUAGGAUCGGGCUUGACUCCAAACUGGUUCGUAGCUCUACUGCUGACGCUGUCAACACCCAUCUCCGCUAGCGGCAUGAUUGUCCAGAUUUUAGCCAUUUACCGAAUCAAGGAUUCAGGUUCCGUUAGCUUCUCAUCGUGGUUCAUAUCUUGGGCUACUGGAUUUUUACGAUUGAUCACCUUCAUUGUAGCUGGAGAUAUGUUAGUUGUUUCCAGCUACGUCGUCACUAACUCCCUACGGGCGGCAGGAUGCGCCGUAAUAUACUACUACCAACCAUCGCCCAAGAAAUUCAAGUGAAGAGUAGUCACGGCCAGAACACACUUUAUCAGCUGCCUUUUUACCGCCAAAAUGCCUCAAACGGUUGUAUGCAUGUAAAGAUAACUUUCAUUCAGGACUUUUUAAUAAUUGUACGUGGACAAAAUAUUACCAGCCACAACAUAUAGUUGUGCAAGUAGGGUGCCUUCAGCGUUGAAACUAUGCAUGAAAAAAAAAAAAAAUGUGCUACUUUAGAUUCUAAAUAACUGUUGUUUAUUAAUGGAAUGAAACCAAUAUUUCAGAUCAUGUAAACAAGGCAUGACAAAUUUUAUGGAGCGAGUUUCAUCAGCUUUGUGCAAGAGGGCGAGAUUUAAACGCCAUAUGAAUAAAACACUCACUUUCAGAAUCUGCCACUUUUGACUUGGCAUCUUCCAAUCGCAAUACAGCGCUGGAGACGGUGGUGGAAGGCCCCUGCUGCAGGAUCACCCCUGAUGUCAUUGCGCACCUCGAUCGUUUGGCGCAACUCAUAAUCGAGGAGGUGUGCAGUGACAUCAGGGGUGAUCCUGCAUUCCUUCAGAAGCUUUCGGCCGCAGCAUGCUUCCGCCACCCUCUCCAGCGCUGUAUCAACAAUCUGAAAGUGAGUAGUUUUUUUAUAUGGCGUUUAAAUCUCACCCUCUUGCACAAAGCUGAUGAAACUUGCUCCAUACAAUUUGUCAUGCCUUGUUUACAUGAUCUGAAAUUUUGGUUUAAUUCCAUUGGUAAACAACAGAGUUAUUCAGGAUCAAAAGUAGGACAAAACAUUUUUUGACACGUAGUAUUACUGAUUAAGGUAGGCUCCUUAAGUGGAACCAAAAUUGGAAUGAAAAUACCAUU